AUGGCCUUCACCGUAGAGAUCUCGUCUUUAUUCCCUUUCCCUCUAUCCGAAAACUCUAAGAAAGUUUUGCAAAAUAGCCUUUUCCCAUGCUUUGUCAAACCCUGCCUUAGGCCCCACGUUUCCAAAACCCUAAGUUUAUCGGUUUCAUGCAGAAGAAGCACACUUUCCCCUGUUCUCUGGUCGUUAACACAAGCGGCCAACAACGAAGAUGACGGAGAGGACAAGCUUCACGAAGAAUGUGGAGUAGUAGGAAUCCACGGUGACCCUGAAGCUUCCCAUCUCUCUUACUUGGCACUUCACGCGCUGCAACACCGUGGCCAGGAAGGAGCAGGAAUCGUAGCCGUUAAUCAGAAGGGUAUAGAAUCAAUAACAGGCGUCGGAUUAGUGUCGGACGUGUUCAACGAGUCGAAACUAAACAGCCUUCCUGGCGAUAUAGCGAUAGGGCACGUCAGGUACUCAACUUCCGGAGCCUCAAUGCUCAAGAAUGUUCAGCCUUUCAUCGCUACCUGCAAACUUGGAUCCUUCGCAGUAGCGCACAAUGGUAACUUCGUAAACUAUAAGAAACUGAAGACGAAGCUUGAGGAGCAGGGUUCGAUCUUCAUCACAAGUUCUGAUACCGAGCUGGUGCUUCACCUGAUCGCCAAAUCUAAGGCCAAGACGUUCCUUCUGAGGAUCAUUGACGCUUGCGAGAAGCUUCGAGGUGCUUUCUCGAUGGUUUUCGUCUUUGAAGACAAGCUUAUCGCUGUCCGUGACCCCUUCGGAUUCAGACCACUUGUGAUGGGAAGAAGAAGCAACGGUGCAGUUGUUUUCGCCUCAGAGACUUGCGCUUUGGACCUUAUCGAUGCGAGGUAUGAACGUGAAGUGUGUCCAGGCGAGAUUGUGGUCGUGGAUGGAGAAGUUGGGGAAAUUAGUUCUAUGUUCAUGGUCUCUCACCCUGAACCGAAACAAUGUGUUUUCGAGCAUGGUUACUUCUCACAGCCAAACUCAAUAGUCUUUGGACGCUCUGUGUAUGAAACCCGACGCAUGUACGGUGAGAUAUUAGCAACGGUGGCACCUGUAGAAUGUGAUGUCGUCAUCGCGGUGCCAGACUCGGGGACAGUUGCUGCUCUUGGAUACGCAGCCAAAGCUGGAGUGCCGUUUCAGAUCGGUCUUCUGAGGUCGCACUACGCUAAACGCACAUUCAUAGAGCCAACUCAGAAGAUCCGUGAUUUUGCGGUGAAGGCAAAGCUGUCUCCGGUCCGAUCAGUCCUUGAAGGGAAGAGGGUGGUAGUAGUGGACGACUCUAUUGUCCGAGGAACCACGAGUUUGAAGAUAGUUCGAAUGCUCAGAGACGCGGGAGCCAAAGAAGUUCACAUGAGAAUUGCAUUGCCGCCAAUGAUUGCAUCCUGUUACUAUGGAGUGGACACCCCGAGGAGCCAAGAGUUGAUCUCUAGUACAAUGAACGUUGAGAAGAUCAGGAAGCAUAUUAACUGUGAUUCUCUGGCGUUUCUACCAUUAGAUCGCCUGAAAGAAGUCUACGGACCAGUCGAGUCACACAACUAUUGUUACGCCUGCUUUACUGGAAAGUAUCCAGUAGUGACUGAGGAGGAGGAAAACAAUUCCGAGAGAGAACUCAAUGUUCUCUGA